CUUCACCGCUGCUUGGUGUACAGAGAGGCCGAUGCAGCAAGUCUCCACCCCGGACCUUCUUUCUCUCUCUCUGCUGCCACCCCUCCCUCCCGUGGCACGUAUAAAGCUACCACGACUACCAAGCCGUUUUUCUCCCCUUGUUGAUGAUUAGACUGUGCGACAGGAGGAUGAAGUUUCUCGUCGCUGUCACGGUCAUUGUGGGGUCGCUGAUUUUCCUCGCUUUUCCCAAUGGCUCGUCCGCAGACGACAAGAAGAAAGGCCCUAAAGUGACCACCAAGGUCUACUUUGACAUCAAAAUCGGAGAUGAGGACGCAGGAAGAAUUGUCAUCGGUGUGCUUGGGAAAACUGUUCCUAAAACAGCUGAAAACUUUGUCGCACUGGCAACAGGAGAGAAAGGGUUUGGUUACAAGGGCAGCAAAUUCCACAGGGUCAUCCGGGAUUUCAUGAUCCAGGGUGGAGACUUCACCAGAGGAGAUGGUACUGGAGGCAAAAGCAUCUAUGGCGACCGUUUCCCUGAUGAGAACUUCAAGCUGAAGCACUACGGCGCUGGUUGGCUCAGCAUGGCCAACGCUGGCAAAGACACUAAUGGCUCUCAGUUCUUCAUCACCACAGUUGCGACUCCAUGGUUAGACGGCAAACACGUGGUCUUUGGAAAAGUACUGGAGGGAAUGGAUGUUGUAAGGAAGAUUGAAGGCACAAAGACAGAUGCCCGUGACAAACCUCUGAAAGACGUCUCCAUCCACGAUUGCGGUGAAAUCACUGUGGAGAAGCCAUUCCCUGUGGCCAAGGAGUAGAGCGCUGCUAGGGGACUUUAACAGGACUUGGGGGAAACUCUUAUUAAGGGGAUAAAAUAUGCAGGCCACCUUGUUGAAUCAGUCAAUGUCCUGGAGGAGGCGCUGUGGGGGAUUUCUGCACCGGUGGCUGCCAUCUUAAUGCACCAGAAGAGCAUUCAUUUUUUUAAGCAAUCAGGACAACCCUCUGGGUCCAUUCACCAACAAGCAUUCCAAGAUGCACUUAGUGUUCACUGAGGGGUUAUUUU